CUAUUUAGAGGUUGACUGUGUGUGAUUUAGUGAAGUGUUGAGAUUCGCUGGGCUUCUGCUGGACUGUUGGGCAUUUAUCCGCCGCUAUGACGGAGACAAUUAAAGAUACAACAACCUCAAGAGGGGCUAAUCUUCAGGUGAUCCAUAACAUCGAACGUACAGCGGAACGAGGCGGAAGGGUGUCCGUCUGUAUAGGUUGUGGCGGCGUGAUCCACGACCAAUACAUCCUCAGAGUGGCACCCGACAUGGAGUGGCACGCUGCCUGUCUCAAGUGUGUCGACUGUCAUCAGUUUCUGGACGAGUACUGCACAUGUUUCGUGAGAGACGGCAAGACCUACUGCAAGAGGGACUACGUCAGAUGUUCAGCGUGUGGGAAACAGCUGUUACCUGGAGACGAGUUCGCGCUACGGGAAGACGGUCUGUACUGCCGCCAUGACUUUGACACCUUCGAGAAGAAAGCCAACGCAGAGAACAACAACACCACUAACAUCAACAACAACGAACUUAAGGGUGAGGGUAAACCACUACGGAAGGAACGACGUGAAGGGAAGACGACGAGAGUCCGAACUGUUCUGAACGAGAAGCAGCUACACACACUCAGGACUUGCUACGCCGCCAACUGCCGGCCGGACGCUCUGAUGAAGGAACAGUUAGUGGAGAUGACGGGACUGUCGCCCAGGGUGAUCCGGGUGUGGUUCCAGAACAAGAGGUGUAAGGACAAGAAGCGGUCCAUCCUGAUGAAACAGAUGCAGCACGAAAAGGUAUGGGAGGAGAAACAGUUGGCGUUGCAGGGGAUCACGGGCGUACCUAUGGUGGCGUCGUCUCCCAUCCGACACGACGGGGCGCCCAUGGGUGUGGGUAUGGGCGGCCCUGUGGACGUCACCGCCUAUCAGCCACCCUGGAAGUCCCUGACGGAGUUCGCCCUCACCCACGAUCUCGAUCGACUUGAUCCCUCCACGCCGCAGUACCAGCAACUAGUCCAACAGAUGCAUGGUUACGGGGCAGAGAUGUGCGCCGCAGCCGAGCUUCUGGGGUCGCAGCCGCAGUCUCAGUCGCAGAUGCACCAGCAACAGCAGCCACAUCAGCCACAACACCCACACGGGGACUCCAAGUACGACACUGGACCCUUCGACGACUCGGUCCACAGCGAUUCCUACGUGUCGUACCUUGAAUCUGACGACUCCAUGACGGCCCCGUUAAGCACGACCACCAGCCCCUGAUGGUUGAGUUCCAGGGUAGUCGUCACAGUGUAAUCGAGUCGUCGAGGGUUUAGUGUCAUCGUCGUCAGUGUCGUCGUCGUCGUGGGAAGUCGUCAUCAUCAUCGUCAUCCAUCUUCAUCCAACACGAACGACCACAUCGACCACCACUACUACUACAAUGUCGUGGUCUUCUUAUAUGGCUCAGAGUUGGUGCUGGUAUAGCUGAUGGUGGUAGUGGUGGUGGUGAUGGUGGUAGUGGUGGUAACGGUGGUAGUGGUGGUGACGGUGGUAAUGGUGGUAGUGGUUUUGGUGGUGACAGCGGCGGCGUUCGACAGUUUGGGUUUUUUUUACAAAAGAAACAAACUAAUUAAUUACGAAAUAUUAAUGAACCUUGGACCCAGUGGUAAAUAAAAGAGUCUCCUCCUCACCCGGUUAAUGCCAAGAAGAAACAACACGUCGGACAUCAACACUUACAAAAAGUCCCGUUAAAGGAGAGCCGGACUUUCACAGAUCCCGUUAUAGAGAUCUGGUCUUUGACACGUCCGGUUAUGGAGGUAUACUGUGUAGGAGUGUUCGGAUAGUCGUUCGAAAAGAAAAGGACUUUUCUCCCUGGCCCGUCUGUGGAGAUCCGAACAGGUGUAUGAAAAUCGAACUCCUCCUCCUCCUUCUCCUCCUACUAAGUGUCCGAACUGUGGAAAAUCUGGACAUCGAGAGUGUCCAACUGUGGAGACGAUAAUGGACACUCGUAUAGGCUAAAUGUUUAUAAAUAAUAAUAAAAAAAAACUUUACUGAAGCACAAAAGCACAACUCAAGAGACACAGUGUUGACAAACUUUCCAGAUACACAAAAAAACAAACAAAAAAAGUAAAAAAAAAAUAAAAUAAACAGAUAUUAAACGAUCACUCAUCAUCAUCAUCUCAAAAUGUCUUUAAG